AUGGCAGUCGUGGCAAUUGACUUUUUUCAAUUCAUUAGUCAAGGUCCGGAUAUUGGCUGGCUAUUUUUUUGGCUGUCUAGAAUAUGCUCUUAUUCAAUAACAAAUUUUGAUUAUUCUGUUGGCAAAAGUAAUUAUUGGAUUUAUUUGUAUACAGCCAUGAUAAUUUCUUGCUAUUGGGUUUUUUCAGCUUGCGCAUUGAUUUUUAAUUUAAAUAAGCUUGAUGGCUGGCUAUUGAAGUAUGUUAGAAUUUUUGCUACUCUUUUGUUGCCUAUAAUUGGAAAUAUCGUAUUUGUGCCUAUGGUCUCAGUUUUUUUAAGUAUUUUUCAAUGCGAUGAAGGAACCAGCAAUCAAAUAUCUGAUUCUUUUAUAAGACAUGAUUGCACUACUUAUUGCAGAAAUCACAAAUAUAUUUUAUGAGCAUUUUUUUCAUUAAUUUCGCUGAUCAUGUAUAUACCUCUGUCUAUCUAUUUUAGAUAUCAUUAUGAGAAUAGUAAUGAUCACAUCAAUAUACGAACAAAACCAACUUUUAUUUUACAAAAAUCAGUUUUACAGAUCAGUAUCAUUGCUAUGAGCCAGACCAUAAAAGUAUAUAGCCAAUCCUUGCAUGGUCUUUGCUGCAGCAUACUUUUACUUAUAUUUAUUUUAUUAUGCUUAAAGAACAGUCCUUAUAAUUAUAGUCGCAUGAAUUUUUGGGCAGUUACUUCAUAUUUUGGAGUUUUAUAUAACUUUAUUCUAUCUUCAAUUUAUUGACUUACAGAAUUUGAGUCCCAAGAAUUAUGACUUAGUCUUCAAAUCUUAGUUUGGGCUACCUUAGGGAUAUCUGGUAUUUUAAUCCAAUGAAAACUGAUUCCAAGCUUACUUUUGACAGCUCAGCCACCAGAUAUCGCGAUUUUUUUUAGAUUUUCAUUGGGUGCUAGAGUCUCAGCUGCAGAUAUUAAUAAACUGAAAAAAGAAAUUGUCCAAAUUAGUGACAUGGGUGAAGAAAAAUUGCCAAAUCUUAAAAGCCAAACCCGCUUUUCGAUUGAAAAGGAUGACCUAAUUUCAGAAUAA